GCGGCCUUUUACUUGCACUCUAUCCUGCUCCCGUCUUUGCACAUGUAGUUAUACUGUAUACAACGUGUUUUUAUAGGUUGUGUGAAGCUCUGAGUACAGACCUGGGAGGGAAAACCUGAAGAAGCAUCUAAACUCUGGACAAACAAAGAAACUCGUCUGUCCCCAUUUAUCGUCUCACAAUGAAGCCGGUGUUUGUCCUCCUUGUUUCCACCGCCUGGACUUUCACUGGAGCCCAGGAUUACUACCAGGGGCUGAUGGAUUAUCUGGAGAACAGGUUGUUGGCUAUUGAGGACCGCAUGCAGUUGUGGCAUGAGCAAUCCCAUCGCUACCACACAGAGCUGCUGGAUUUCAAAAAGCUAACCGUUGAGACCAUGGACGGCCUGAGAAAUCAACACAGCGUGAUGUUCAAAGACCUGGAAGGAGCUGCAGUCCGAGUGGACCGGGUGGAGCGAGAAGUGGACUACGUGGAGAUCCAGACUUCCCCUCGGGCCUGUGCCAAUAAGGCAGACAAGGUGGUAGAGCAGGGAGCCUGGAGGCUGAAGGAGAGCAGAGGACAGGAAGAGGAAGAGGAAGAUGAGGAAGAUGAAGACUGGGAGGAGCUGCACUCCAGAGUCUCUGACUGUGUGGAAAUCAUCUCUGGCAUCAGAUCAGUGAAGAUCCUGAAGAGAGUGGGCAGUCCCAAGGGCAUGUGGACCAGAGACCCCAGGUCGUCCAAGGUGUAUGUCUUUAACGGGACAUCGGGGGACAACCUCUUCCAGUUCAACUCCGUACGAGACUUUUCCCGCUCUCCUGGCGUCACCAGCAGCCGACAUAUCCGGCUUCCCUCUGACUGGAGAGGUCCUGGCAGCACCGUCUACGACGGCUAUUUGUACUACAUACAGCAGGAGGAGAAUGCUGACGUGCAGGUGGUCAAAUUUGACCUGCUGACUGGCUCGGUGACAGACGCCGCCAUGUUCCCCGUGGAGAGCCACGCCACUGUCUACAACCUCAACCCAGAAACUGUUGCAGACCUAGCAGCAGAUGACGAAGGCCUCUGGCUGUUGUACGCGACCAGUGACAGUGAACCGAACAUCCACCUCGCGAAGAUGGAUCGCGCCUCGCUCGAUAUAGAACACAUCUGGGACACCCGGUGCCCAAGGGAGAAUGCAGAGGCGGCUUUCGUAGUCUGUGGGACUGUCUAUGUGGUUUACAACACACGCCUGGCCAGCCGCUCCCGAAUCCAGUGCCUUUUCGACGUCAACGACAUGGUCAGCAGCGAGGAGGCCCCCCUGAUCUACUUUCCCAGGAGGUACGGAGCCCACGCCAGUCUGAAAUACAACCCGGAGGAACAACAGCUCUACGCCUGGGACGACGGCUACCAAAUCAUUUACAGACUGACUAUGAAAACAAAACUCCUGGUGUGACAGCAGGGGAGUAGUGUCAUGUUUUCAAAGGUAAUGAGAAGAAAUAGGAGCCGUACAUUUACACAUGCUGUGGCAUCAGUCCUUCAGUGGCGUGGUAGAGUGAAGACGGCUCACCCAUAACAUCUCUCAUUUUUAAGCAAAAGAAAUAGCCUUUGAACUAUUAUUUAUUCAUUUGAUUCUCUUUCUUUUUGUGUGUAAUAUACUAAAAGAAACAUGAACAUGCCACUAAGGGGCUGUGAUGUCUGCUUUGCUAUUACUGCUAUGUGAGGUUUUGCGUCCUUCCCGCAUUUAAUUUGACCAUUUGAUUCGGACAAAAUCUCAUUUCCUUUGUGCCUGCUCCUGCUUGUUCAGCCCCUGGCGUUGUUGUUGUUGUUGUUGUUGUUGUUAUUAUUAUAUGCUGUGUUUUAUUGCUCCAAUACUCACCGCGGAGACCAUUUUUGCAUAAGUCUUUUAAUCAAAGAAAAGAGAAUCAUAUCACACAGAACUGAUAACACAUCACACCCUGUGGGAGAUACAACAACAACAAACCUGCUGUUGAUUUUCAGACUUGUUCAAACAAAAGAACGAAACAAUUUGUGACUGAAAUAAUGUCUGAUAGUUCAGUUUACUCUUAUUGAAAGUCUUGAUAAUGAUCUAGGAACUCAUAAUAGAGUUGUCUCAACUAACAACUGUUAAUUUCAGUCACCAGAACAUUUUCUCAAACAUUUCUGUUAUUACAAAUACAAAAUGUUCGAUACAAAAUUGGAAAUUCAGUGCUAUCAUAACAGCUGGAAGGGAUACAAGAUUAUAUCAAGAAACAUUACAAUAGUAGGCAAAGCUAGCAGGUCUUGAAAGACUCCAUAA